UUACCCAUGCAGAAAGGAAUURAAAUUCUGUCACUGGUUGGAAGAGAGGAGAUGCAUCAUGGGCAGCAGGCCUGGAAGUUGCUAAGCUUAUGUUCCCAAUAAUAGUGAUUCCAAGUGGGCAAGUUCAGCGAGGUCGUCGAAUUCUUCCUUCCCAAUCUACUUUCAAUAAGAGUUCUUGUUCUCUAUAAUGAGAUGGCACAAAGGGUGAAUCCUCUGUUCAGGCAUUUUGUCCAACAAUUCCCACAGGGGAGGAUGAUGGGAGAAUGGAAUAUACAACCACCUUCACAAGGAAACUCUAGAUUGACUGAACAACCACCUUCACAAGGAAACUCUAGAUUGACUGAGGAGGAGCAAAAGAUGGCUGUAGAGAAAUUGAAAAAGAAAGUCUAUAAUCCACCCAGGAAAGUUAAAGCAAAUAUUUACUACAGACCCAAUAUCAACAAUAUUAAAACUUGGAAGGAAGAUAAAGAAGAUGAUCACAGUGAAGGGUGUGUGAUCUGCUUAGAUAACUUCCUCCCUUAUCAGGAAGUCAUAGCCACUCCAUGCAAGCACAUAUUCCAUGAAGAAUGCAUCUUCCCAUGGGUGAAAAGCCAAGGCCAGUGCCCUGUGUGUAGGUUCACACUGUUCGAACAAAGGCGUGGUAGCACAGUGCCUCAAACCAACAACAACAACAACAAUGCAGUCGGAGGUGACCUGAUUCAGUUGGUAUGGUUGAUGGAAGAGGCCCUUGGCUUGUGGGGAAAUGUCCCUCAGUAAUGAACUUCCAAUAACAGAAACUCCUGGAUCCAAAUGAGUACUAGUGCCUACUGGAGUUUUUGUUUCGUUGCCUCAUUAUUGGAGAACCAAUGUGCAAAUAUACUGCUGAGGAUUGAAGGGGCAUCCAAUUGUCUGCCCGAGGUUAGAAAUGUGAAGAGAGAAAGUAUAUAGCAAGAUGAUGAAAACAAAUAACGUAUGCUGUUCCAUGAGAAAUAUAGCUAGCUAUAUCCAAAACAAUAUUAGUAGA